ACCUAAUUCCUUUCCCCGGCUCACAUUCCUCCGCCCCAGUCCCGCUGCCGCAGCCUCCACUGCCAAGGGGGGCCCUAGACUCCCGCUCCAACUAUUCCAACCAUCCUGAACAGGGUGGGGCGCACGGCUCUUGGGUCCCUCUCCGCUGCCCCUCCGGGGUUGGUCUCCCCUCCUGCCCCGGUUCCUCCCUUUCUGGGGUAGGGCCAGCCAAUGGCCGAUGUGACUCCGGGUUUGGUCUGGGAGCCGGGCAACUCGCGGAUUCCCCGCCCCACAGUGCUGGCUAGAGUCCCGGUGCGCACGGACGUGGCUCGAGUUUCCUCCGCUCUGGGCUCCUGCUCGCUUUCCCUUCUCUCGCUCCUCCUUCUCUCCGGGUCUCCCGCUCCAGUACCACCGGGUCCGCCCCGCACGGCUCCGGGAAGCCAUGGAGGAUGUCACUCUCCACAUCGUCGAGCGGCCGUAUUCCGGAUUUCCCGAUGCUUCCUCCGAGGGCCCGGAGCCCACCCAAGGGGAGGCGCGGGCCACGGAGGAGCCGUCGGGGACCGGCUCCGACGAGCUGAUCAAGUCGGACCAGGUGAACGGUGUGCUGGUGCUGAGCCUUCUGGAUAAAAUCAUCGGCGCCGUUGACCAGAUCCAGCUGACCCAAGCCCAGCUGGAGGAGCGACAGGCGGAGAUGGAGGGCGCUGUGCAGAGCAUCCAGGGAGAGCUGAGCAAGCUGGGCAAGGCGCACGCCACCACGAGCAACACUGUGAGCAAGUUGCUGGAGAAGGUGCGCAAGGUCAGCGUCAACGUGAAGACCGUGCGCGGCAGCCUGGAGCGCCAGGCCGGCCAGAUAAAGAAACUGGAGGUCAACGAGGCGGAGCUGCUGCGGCGCCGCAACUUCAAAGUCAUGAUCUACCAGGAUGAAGUCAAGCUGCCGGCCAAACUGAGCGUAGGCAAGUCGCUGAAAGAGUCGGAGGCGCUGCCGGAGAAGGAGGGUGACGAGCUGGGCGAGGGCGAGCGGCCGGAGGAGGACGCCGCGGCGAUCGAGCUGUCGUCCGACGAGGCGGUGGAGGUGGAGGAGGUGAUCGAGGAGUCCCGCGCCGAGCGCAUCAAGCGCAGCGGCCUGCGGCGCGUGGACGACUUCAAGAAGGCCUUCUCCAAGGAGAAGAUGGAGAAGACCAAGGUGCGCACGCGCGAGAACCUGGAGAAGACGCGCCUGAAGACGAAGGAGAACCUGGAGAAGACGCGGCACACGCUGGAGAAGCGCAUGAACAAGCUCGGCACGCGCCUGGUGCCCGUGGAGCGACGCGAGAAGCUGAAGACGUCGCGCGACAAGCUGCGCAAGUCCUUCACGCCCGACCACGUGGUGUACGCGCGCUCCAAGACGGCCGUCUACAAGGUGCCGCCCUUCACCUUCCACGUCAAGAAGAUCCGCGAGGGCGAGGUGGAGGUGCUGAAGGCCACCGAAAUGGUGGAGGUGGGUCCCGAUGACGACGAGGGUGGCGCGGAGCGCGGCGAGGCCACUGACCUGCUGCGCGGGAGCAGCCCCGACGUGCAUACGCUGCUGGAGAUCACCGAGGAGUCAGACGCCGUCCUGGUGGACAAGAGCGACAGCGACUGAGCAGGACUCGCGGGGCUCUGCCCUGGAGGCCGGCGCCUGACCCUGCCGCUCCCUGAUCCCCACCCCUGCCCACACCGCCUUUCUCUUUUCAAACUUUCUCUUUUGCAUUCUAAAUCCCAGUCUGGUUGGGCUUUUUUUUUUUUUUUUUUUUUUUUUUUUUUCUUUUAAAAGAGGGGAAUUCACAUCCCCUGGAAAAGCAGCCCUCCAAAGCACAGGCCUUAGACCGAGGGGAGGUGGUUUCUCACCAUGGACAGCCACAAUUUGGACACAGUUUGAGUAGGGUAUGGGAAGAAGGACCCAUGCCCUGGUUGUCCUGGUACAGGAUGCUUUUUCCUAGCUCCCUAGUUUGACCCCGUCAGGGGUCUGCCUGCCUCUCAGCCCCUUCCCAACACAGCUUCAUACUCAGCUGCACCACCCCUGCUUCCUGAGCUGUAUAUCCUUUUCCUCACCCGGGGGAGACUUCAAAGCCAAAAUUUCUGCACUAGGAAAGAGCGAAUCCUAAAGACAACCCUUGUAGGGGCAGCCUUCUAGUGCUAGCUUGCUCUCUCAAGCUACCUGAGAGGCGGAGGCAGGAGACUUGCAAGUUCAAGGCCCGUCUGGGCUGCAGAGUGAGCUCAAAGCCAGCCUGAGUAAUUUAGUGAGACGCUGUUUCAAAAAUAAGAGGUGGCCGGGGUGUAUCACUGAUGGAGCCCUUGCUUAGAAGGAGGGGGUGGGCAAUUCAAAGUACCACGAAGAUAAAAUGUGUGUAGGGGGACCUUUGUCCACAUGGGAGGUGGCCCACUCACCUGAGGCUCUUUGGAGGAACCUAAGGCAAAAGGGUGGGAGAAAGGCAGUGUUUGGUGGAUAAAGGUCCCACCAAAGUAAACAAGAGGGGAGUAGAGCCCCGGAAAGGGUGGUAGGUGUGUGGGGAGAGGGGCACAUUUUACAAAUCUACAAAAUCUGCACACAGGAGCACGUGAGUGGCUUUGGAAGAGAGAGGAAGAUAGGAGAGGGUUGGAAUGGAAUAAGAAAGAAAUGCCCUCGUUAGCAACAAAGAAAUUCAAGACGAGAGUCUCGCUUUGGUAGGUUCUCAGACAGCAGGACAGUUUCCGGGUCAGGAGGGCAGUCAGUUUCUAGCAAGUGUGUUCCUAAGAGAGGUAAGCCAGUCUGGAUUCUCUCUUCCAGGAUCUGGGACCUGCCUUCCGGGAGGGAAACCUGGGUUUUCCGAGCCCAGAAAAUUAGGUUUCCAGCAGAGGGCAGCAGCGAGCUGUGGAGAGCCGGCAGUUAGGCGGAAGGGAGAAAGCAAGGUGCUAAAGGCCAGGACUGGGGCAGAGAGCCCUAGCUGGAAGCUGGGGAAAUAGGGGCUGCUGGCUUGCCCACCCCAACUCCCUCUCAGCUGCUUCUAGCAUGGAUCUUUCCCUAAUGUAAAACCGUAGAACUUGCCAAGACCUCCCCAAGUGCCUUGCCUUUGGGGGCACCUUUAUCUGAGAGUGGGGGGGGGCCUCUCUUCUUGCCCAAGGUUUGAUGUCUACAGUUACUGACCAGGUUUUCUCCUGAGGACACAUUGGUUCCCCCUUUAGAGGCUGGUCAGGAGCAAAGACAACACCUCCCCAAAUGACAGCUACAGGCUACUUCCUUCUCCCCACCUACGUGUCUUCCCUGCUUUUUAGAAUUACAGCUAAUUGUUAUUUGGGGGUGGGGAGGGGAGGGGAACCACAAACCUUUUAUACAAUACAAAGCUUUGCUUUUUAUUUUUUAUUUUUAAUUUUCCUUUUCCCCCCACCUUGAUCCCCUUCCCUCCUCCGAAUGAUUGGAGACAGAUAAGCUGAGGAGGGUGGGCGAGUGUAGGAGGAGGUCCCCUGGGCUGAUAGGCUAACAUUGUGGGCAGAUGCAGUUUCCUGUGGGCUCUAGGGGAGUCCCUCGAGUUGCUGUGUUCUGGUGAGCAGCCGGACCAAUAAACCUGCUUUUCUAAAAGGA